AAAAUGUAGUUUUAUUUGAAAUUAAGUAAUAUAUUGAACAAUGUAGUUAAUAUAUUUCAUAUUAGGAAAUAUUAGAAUCCAUGGAAAGUAGUCUUGUAUGCAGUUUUUCUUCAUUUUUACCUGAUAAAAGCAAGUGUACCACAUCACCUUAUUUCCCAAAUGAAAACAGUUUAGUGUACGUGAAAAACUGUAGGAGAAACAUUAAAAACCACCUCAAAUCAUGUAACAUAGGAGAUAUAGCUUCUGAGGGACAUUUGAUAUGUUACCGUGCUGGUGUUUUUUCGCUAUUUGGGGACUAUACCAUCUGUCCAUUUCAUCGAUACUCCCUUGGGAUACGAUGGAAGAAGAAGUCAUCCUGCUCACACCCGAGUCACAGUACAACGGCAAAGGCAGAGGUUGGGAGGAGCAUAACUUUGUCUAUGUCUCGGCACCUUCAUACAUUAUAUGGAUAUAUUGUCCCUAUUGGCUCAGGCUUGUGCAGUAGAUGUAGAAAAAAUGUAACCCAGGAAAUGAAAUGGUGCGAGUGCUGUAAAGAUGCAUCUUCUGCUCAAAUUUGCAAAAAUACCUCGGAUGACACCCCUGAAGCAACCUUACAGCAGUCCAGGAACCUCCAAACAAGGACAGAGAAUUAUGCUGAACAGUGCCAUUCAGAGACAGAGAAUUCCGCUGAACAGUGCCAUUCAGAGACUUUGUCACAGGUAUUUGCUUUGAUACUUGAUUCCCUAAAAAUUGUAUCCUCCUAGCCGGCACCCAAUAGGGAUCAGUCUGUCUGUCCGUCCAUCCAUCUGUCUUUCUGGUAUCACUUAUCUGGGGCAUAUUUUCUCUUCCCUUGGCCCAAUCUGGCAAAUACUUCACAGACAAAGUGCCUUCUGGUAAAGGUUGACUUGUGUAGUGACCUUGAAUCAAGUUUUUAUAUCAACCUUAAGGGACUAGCAGACCUUUAUUUGUCAAAAUCCUUGUCUUGACUUUGCUCUCUCUCUCUCUCUCUCUCUCUCUCUCUCUCUCUCUCUCUCUCUCUCUCUCUCUCUCUCUCUGACCCAAUGAAUCUCAGACUAGACCAGAAGACUGCCAGUAGGUAUUGGCUGUGAGGUGAGCAUGAAUCAAGUUUAUUCAUUGCCCAUA